GAGUGAGCGAGCGAGCGAGUCCAUCCGUUAGUACCGUACCAGCAACCAACCCGGUCCCGAUCGCCGAAUCCAUAAGAGACUUUUGCGCAACCACCAUGUUCGACGUGACCAACUUCUUGAUGAGAUGGCUCUUCCUGAGCAACCUGGUCCGGGACAUUGCCGAGAUCCAGAUACUCCCCUACAMCCCCRGCGCGCCACAAUCGCCGCCGCCGUUGACGCCCGUCGGCCACGACCCCCACCAAACCCGCUCCGAUCUUUCCCYGGUGCCCUCACUGUCCACGGGGACCAGCGUGAGCUGCGAGGACGAGUGGAGGGACCAGUGCCUCAGGGGGAUCCUGUCGUAUCCACCGGGGUCCCAGCGGCUCCUCAUCGUGGACGCCAUGAGGGCCGAGCUGGUGGAACGACUCUCCUGGUCCCUGGCGGAGGCGGACCAGACACUCGACAACCACGAGAUGGUACGCCGCCGGAAGGAGGGCCGAAGCGAAAACAACAAAGGGAGGGACGGACCGGAAGAAGGCUUUUCUUCGCAAGAGGAAGAUACGUCCAGCGGCGGUGAAGAAACAACAACAACUACUACUACUACUACCGCCACAACAACAGACUCCCCGGACACGGACAUCGAAMCAAACGUCCGAAUAAAAGAAGAAUGCACACCGCCCGGUUCCGCGGCGGACUCCACGGAAAACGCCCGGGGCGAAGCAAACGAAGCCGAGCGAGACCCCRMRMCGGGGAAAGACGGUGCGUCCGGCRAAGAGGACGAAGAAGACCAUCCCGAACCGACCGCCGAGGAAGUCGGCGACGCCCAAAACACRAUACGGGUCGUCCGCGACUACCUGCCGCAGCUCGUUUCCGUGGUGCUCAAGUCYCCCCCCGCCUUUGACCCGAGGCUGGUCAACCCCGUGGAGAAGCUGCGGAAACUCAUCGUCCGGCGSUGCGUCGACGACGCCAACUGGGGGGUCGACAUGUGCUGGCUGCUGGAGGCCGAGGURGGGAGGGCCUGGAAGUCCCUCUUCGAGCACCGGCAGCAGACCGGGAGGCGCCUCAUCAUCGUCCUUCCCGCCGACAAGGCCGCGGUCCUGGCCACCAUCGGGUCGGGCAAGAAGGAGUCCUUCGACCUCCUCCAGGACGCCGAGCAGGCCACGGCGUUUGGCUACACGAUCCCGCUGGAAGGGAGCCUCCUGUACCACCGGRACYYCCCGGACMAGGGCMRGGACGACCAUUCCCGCCUUUUUGCCCGCCAAAAACUCCCGUCGAGCCUCAGCCUCCGGCGGUGCAGCCACUUUGGGGACACGAUGCACUUUAUCGAUCGGCUCACCAAGAUAUCCCUCGACCUGCGGAACGUUCCGCCCGUCCACCGCAACGCCUACCUGCAGGACAGCCUGAGGGAGCUGAACCGGAGGGUGCGGAGGCGGAUGAUCACCCGCGGGGACGUCAGCCUCGACGUCGAGGACCACCGCGGCCCCGACGACUGGCCGGCGAUCGCCGACGUCACGUCCGACAUGCUGAUGUACUCGGUGCAUCUCCCCCUGGAUCCCAUGGUGAGUACGGYACGGYACGGUACAUCGAAGGGCACGGCACCCCGGUUGGGGUUUUGACCGACCGAGAGAAACAAAUUUCGACCCGCUCGCUCACCCGGCAAUCCGUCCUCCCGUUUUUGUUGUGUUUGUGUUUUGUCUUUGUCUUUGGAACCAAUCGUUGCCCGCUUCGACUCGACUCGACUCGACUCGACUCGACUCGACUCGACUCGACUCGACAGCAAAACAAGGUGUGGCCCGGAACCGCCGCGACGCCGUCCGACCAAACCACGGAGGGCGCCGUGCGGAUCCUGAACAUCGUGUGGGAGGAGGCCCGCGUGCUGUCGUCCCGGGAGCGGUGCCCCUACCUCGUCCGCGUCGAGGUGGCCGACACGAACCUGCGGGGGAACGAUUCCCGGCUCUACGCCUCCGGCGCGCCGGGCCUGGGGGCCACCAUGGAGGAAGCCCUGGCCAUGGCCGAGGGUGCUUCGGGCGGCGGCCGGGGGGAUCCAGGAUUCGAACACUACGAGAUUCCCUCGGAGCUCCUGGCACCGGGGAAGCCCCGCGGCACCAAAAAGCCCAGCGCCGUAACGAUACGAACGAAAGACCUCCUGGUGGACGUCCCCCCGAAGGAGAUGCCGAGGGGGGGCUGGCAGGCCGACGAAACGGUCUUCUACUCCCACAGCCCCGAGGACGUGUACCCCACCAAUUCGUACGACAGCGUUCGCGAAGACGAACUCGAGCAGCUGCACUACCAGAUGCACAACGAUCCAAUGUACAACGAGUACGGCGUGGGUGCSCAGUCGCCACCCCCACCCGCACACCAAAGGUACGUCACGGAAAAAWWUUYGAAACACGCGACACACAAACAGGGUUCGGCAACAAGCUCGAAUCAUUUCGACUCACGCACACGCCGUUCAUCGUUUGUGAAAGUCCKUCUCUCUCSACGCGAGGAGCGCUSUUGGAUAGGAUAUUUGGACAACCAUUGACCGAUAAGUGCGAAGAGAUUCGACAGGCCUCGCCCUWUGGAAAGGUCGAAGGGUGGCGUCUUGCCUCGUUUAUCAUGAAAGCCGGAGAGGACAUUCGGAGAGAAGCCCUUGUCAUGCAAAUCAUUGCAAAGCUAAACGACUGGUUCAAAACCGAUAUUCCGGAACCCUACCGCCCAUACAUGCGUCCCUACACCAUUAUGUGUGUUGGAGGGGAUGCSGGCAUCGUAGAGUGCCUCGCAGAUGCCAAGAGCAUCGACGAGGUCAAAAAAGGCACGGACGGGUUCCAGAGCCUACGCGAUUAUUUUGAGCGCGCGUACGGACCUCCCGGAACCUACGGCGGUGCUYACCAACAACAGMAACAGCCCGGAACAACCACGGAGACCUUGUCGUUCGAAGAAGCGCAGGACAAUUUCCUUCGCUCGCUCGUUGGAUACAGCGUGAUUUGUUACAUACUKCAAAUCAAAGACAGACACAACGCAAACAUUUUGAUGGAUCGUUCGGGGAACAUCAUUCACAUCGAUUUCGGUUUUGUUCUGGGCGAUACACCCAAGAUGUGCAAGGUUCCUAUUUUCAGUGAAAAGGCACCGUUCAAACUGAGCGACGAGUACUGGGACGUGCUGGGGGGCUGGAACACGAACCAGGGCGGCCUGGGAGUGCGAUUUUGCCACAUGUUCGAGCACGCAUUCGCCUGUGCYUCSGCCCACUCGGAAGAAAUCGCGGCGCUGGUGGAAGCCACCAUGCUGACCAUGACGCAGAAUUCCCGCCAGGCCAGGGCACUCGCCAACGGCGUGCGAAAGAGACUGAAAAUGAGGGGACCGCCGGGAUCGAACGAACAGAAAGCCUUUGUCAUGGAGCUCGURAAUGCGGCUCGCACUAGCAUGGGUACUACCACGUACGAUUGGCUGCAAAGGAAUAUGAAUGGCUAUCAAUAAGCUAGGGAUAUUUUAAAAA